AUGAUCGUUGAAGCGUUUUCUGGAACCCAGGCGGGGUUGUCAGCGUUGGCCGCCAAAAACGGUAUUGGGGCGAAAUCGGAAUUGCAAGCUGCUGCGCAGGCACUUGGCGCAUCUGUCGCAGCAGUGGAGGUGGCCGAUCAUUUGGACAAGAAGCUUCAAGACCUUGCAUCAUGCCAGCGCAAAGCAUUCUUGGUGCCUUCAAACAGAGGUUUGUCCGGAACCGAUCCUGCAUUGGCCCGACCCGACGAAGAAUGCGUUUAUCUAGUUGGGAACUCUCUGGGACUUCAACCAGCCCGAACCAGAGAACUGGUUGGGGAGGAGCUGGACAAGUGGGCAAAGUGGGGGGUUAAUGGACAUUUCACAGGGGACAGGCCGUGGAUGCCAAUUGACGAGAAUGUCAUUGAGCAGAGCGCAGCCAUUGUCGGAGCAGAAAAGUCUGAGGUGGCCGUCAUGAACAGUCUCACGGUGAAUUUGCAUUUGCUCUUUGUCUCAUUUUAUAGGCCAGCAGGCCAGCGCAAUAGAAUUUUGUACGAGGCAAGCGCUUUCGGGUCGGACUACUUCGCCUUUGAGUCCCAGGCACGUCUACAUGGCCUCGAUCCGAGGAAUGUGCUCCUUCCCGUGAAGGCGCGUCCCGGAGAGGAGCUACUACACACUGAAGACAUUGUGGCAGCUAUACACGCCGCUGGAGACAGUCUUGCAGUCGUUUGCUUGGGAACUGUACAGUACUACACGGGUCAAUACUUUGAUGUGGAAUCCAUCACAAAGGCGGCCCACGCUGUAGGAGCAAAGGCAAUUUGGGACUGCGCGCAUGCUGUUGGAAAUGUAGACUUGAAGCUACACCAAUGGGACGUAGACGGUGCCUGCUGGUGCAACUACAAGUAUCUCAACGCCGGUCCUGGGGCCAUCGGUGGCUUCUUCGUGCACAAGAAGCACCAUGACCAAGGACUGCCCUUGUUGGCAGGAUGGUGGGGUCAGAAGCAGGCUGUUCGCUUCAACAUGGAUCACAAAUGGGAUCCUGAGGUCGACGCCGGAGCUUGGAGGCUGUCCAAUCCACCAGUCCUGCAGACGGUCUCCUUGCUUGCAAGCUUGGAGAUAUUCUCCAGGACAACAAUGUCGGAGCUUCGGGGCAGGUCAAUGCUGUUGACAGCCUACCUGGAGCUGCUGAUUGCUGACCUGGUGGGGAAACAUCUCUCUGUUAUUACACCGGAAUGCCCCUCCUCCCGCGGUUGCCAGCUGAGUCUGAAGUUCCAGGAGGAGAGUUCAUGUUUGGCAACUUUUGCUGCGCUAGAGAAGCGUGGCAUUGUUGUAGAUCACAGGAAGCCCAACGUAAUUCGCGUUGCCCCAGCUCCUCUCUACAACUCCUUCAAUGAUGUGCACAAGUUCUGCACCGCGCUACGAGAAGCGCUACAGGAGGUUGCUGAGCCUCCAGCGAAGCGAACAAAGGUGUGA